AUGGCAUGCAUGACUCUGCAGGUGCAAGAUGCCAGCCUGCUGGCGCAGUAUGAGCAGUUGCUGACAGCAGAGGAGCACAGUCACAUGAUGGCAGCAGCCACACCAGAGCUCCGCAAGGAGAGGCUCCUGGCAAGAGUGCUCGUGCGCACGACACUAUCGAGGUACUGUGGCAACAAUGUGGUACCUCAGUCGCUGAACUUUUCACGCAACCAUGCUGGGAAGCCACGGCUUGCGUGGGACACAGACGCUGCAGAGGCAGAUUUGCAUGGAGUGCAGUUUAACCUCAGCCACACUGCUUCGCUCCUUGGCUGCGCAGUGACAGCUGGACAGCAUGUGGGUCUAGAUGUGGAGCUGUCAAACCGGCAUACUCGUGGGAACCCACUGCGCCUGGCCAGGCGAAGGUUCUCCGCUGCAGAGCUGGCCAGCCUAGAAGAGCGCGCAGAGGGCGAGGAGCGAGCGCAGCACUUUGUGAGAUUGUGGACGCUGAAGGAGGCCUAUGUGAAGGCUGUGGGCCGCGCGUGGCCCAGCGAAAGUCUCAUCAACCAGAAGCAGCAGUACGGGAGCAAAUGA